UCUGUCACACCCAAUACUGCAAACCCCCUUUCCCCGCUGAGCGGGCUCCAGAAACCUGGGGUGGGCAGUCAGGGACGCUCCUUCUCACGCCUGCUGUUGGUCAGACAGGGAGGGAUGUGCCCCACAGCACCUCCCUGUCCCCGUUCCUGCCUAGAUGGGGACCCGCUGCCCGGCACCAUGAGGACCAACCACUGCAGCCACCUGCCUGGAGUGCCUCCGGAGCGCCCACACCCUCCAGCUCCCGAUGGAAAGAGCCUGCCUGGCAGCAGCGGGGGCCUGGCCACCAGCUGUCCCCAGUAUGUCAUGCAGGUGUCCUCCAAGGAUGGGCAGCUGCUCUCGUCCGUGGUGCGGACCCUGGCCGUGCAGAGCAGCCCCUUCAAUGACCGGCCCAUCUGCAGGAUCUGCCACGAGGGCAGCAGCCACGAGGAGCUGCUGUCCCCCUGUGAGUGCACGGGGACCUUGGGGACCAUUCACCGCAGCUGCCUGGAGCGCUGGCUGUCAUCCUCCAACACCAGCUACUGUGAGCUCUGCCACUUCAGGUUUGCAGUGGAGCGCAAGCCCAGGCCACUGGUGGAGUGGCUGAGGAACCCGGGCCCCCAGCACGAGAAGAGGACUCUCUUUGGGGACAUGGUGUGCUUCUUGUUCAUCACCCCGCUGGCGACCGUCUCCGGCUGGCUGUGCCUGCGAGGAGCCGUGGACCACCUGCACUUUAGCAGUAGGCUGGAAGCUGUUGGCCUCAUUGCACUCACUGUGGCACUCUUCACUAUUUACCUCUUUUGGACCCUGGUGUCCUUCAGGUACCACUGCCGGCUGUACCACGAGUGGCGUCGGAACAAUCAGCGGGUGAUGCUCCUCAUCCCAAAAUCUGCCAACGUCCCCUGCACCCAGCAGUCCCUGCUGGGCCUGCAGCCCCUCAAAAGGAGCUCCAAGGAGACAAUCGUGUGAUUUGGGGUGCAGCUGCACACUGAAGGUGGUUUUGGUUUUGCUUUUUUUUCCUCCUCAGACCCGUCGAGGUCGGGCAGCGUCCAGCACCCAGGAAUGUGCAAUUUG